AUGGCCGCGGCCGAGUAUGUGCAACGGCCAUGGCGUGUCGGAGUGGUCGCUGUAGCCCUUGCGGUGACUCUGGCACUGCUCGCGCCUCGUGACGUUACAGCCAAGCUCUCGACCAUGACGGUGUUGGAUAGCCCAAUCCGGGAUACUCAAUGGGUCGGACCGUCAGACGAGAUCGUGUUCACAGUAACGGAGGCAGGGCACGUGUGGGUCAGCAAGGACGGAGGCGUGUCGUGGAACGACCAUUCCGCGCAGGGGAAGUUACCUGGUGGAACGGACAUCCCGUCAGCCAAGGGUGCAUACGAGCCGCCCAAGGGAGUGCAGGCCUUCUACUUCCAUCCGUCCACGCCAGAAAAGAUGUUCUUCAGGGGCGGAGGCGACACGCACUGGAUCACCACCAACGCUGGCGAGUCGUAUGACAGGGUGGAGGGGCCGGCAGGGCACAUGGGAGUGGCCACAGUGCGUCUACACCCUAUGGAGAGCGACUGGGUGCUGGCAAUGGUGCGGCGAUGGGCGUGCUGGUCCAAGGACGAUACCCAGCGAGGGGCAUGUGCAGACGAUUUGUUCCUCACAAAGGACUUUGGCCGCACAUGGCAGAACCUCACAGAGAGGGCUCAGGGUCGUGUUCUAGGCUUUGUGGACUUUGACUGGGGCUGGAGCAAGACCCCUGGCCAAAUGAACCACCACACCAGCUACACUCGGGACACGAUCCUGGCAACGGUGUUUGAGAACCGAGACGAGGUGCGGGAGCAUCUGCGGGCCAACGGGGUGGCGCUGGCGACGGGGUGGGACGCGUACGUGGACUUUGUGCACACCAGCGACUACUUUGGCUCCAAGCACACACGCACCGUGCCCUGCGGCAACCAGUUUGAGAUCAUGAACGACAAGCUCUUCCUCGCGGUGGCAGAGGGGUGCAGCGAGGCAGGAGCGCGCAUGGAGGGCGGCCGCUCGGGCGUGCGGCUCAAGAUCUCUGCAGACUACGGCGGCUCCUUCCGGGACGCGUGCUUCCCGCGCCCGCUCGUGCAGCGGGGGUACUCGGUGGUGCACACGACGGCAGACACGGCGUUUGUGAACGUGGACUAUGCGGAGGGGUCGCGUGUGUCGCCGUACGGGGACCUGCUCGUGGCCGACGAGUCGCUCUCUCUCUUUGGCCUCGCGCUCAGGCGGAACGCGAGGAGCAUCAGCGGGGCUGUCGACUUUGCUGCCCUGCAGGGCCUGCCUGGAGUGUAUGUGGCAAAUCAGCUCUCUGAAUACGUGGAACCCCCGGCGGCAAAGCAUGGUGGUGCGGGCACCACAGAGGAGGAUGACAUGACAUUUGCCCGCUCCACCACCCUCAUCACAUUCAACUCCGGCGCCUCGUGGGAGCCCAUCAAGGCCCCAGAGUAUGACACCAACCGCCACCCCAUCCACUGCGACCCGCGCGAUGGCUGCUCGCUCCACCUGCACGGCACCACCAGCUGGAUCGGCGGCUCUGGCUUUGCCUUCGUCUACUCCCACGCCUCCACCCCCGGACUCAUCAUCUCCACAGGCAACGUGGGAACGUUCCUGUACCAGGACUCGACUAUCAACACGUAUCUGUCGCGGGAUGGAGGACAGACGUGGGAGGAGGUGGCCAAGGGGUCUCAUAUCUACGAGUUUGGGGACUCUGGUGGGGUGAUUGUGAUGACGAAGCACGGGCUGCAUACGGCCUCGAGCACGGUUAUGUAUUCGCUGGAUGAGGGGCUCACGUGGGAGGAGGAGACGUUUGCAGAGGCGGAGCAGCAGGUGGAUAUUUUCAAUAUUCGCGUGGAGCCGGAUAACCAGGGGAAGAAGUUCCUCAUUCAGGGUCUGACUAUGGACGACGGCACUGGGAAGGCGAGGCAGGGGGUGCUGAUCUCUCUGGACUUCACAGCGCUGCCCGAGUACAAGCUCUGCAAGAGCAGCGACUACGAGUUCUGGACCCCCACUGCCUCCCGCUGCUUCCUCGGCCAAAACAUCUCCAUCCAGCGCCAGCGGAGCAAUCUAGGCCAGGGGGACUACGACAUGUGGGAUUACGGCGGGGAGGGGGGAGAGGCGGGCGCGGGGGAAGGCGCAGGCGCGCAGGCGUGGGCGGAACCAAGUCCGGGGAAGCAUGUAGAGGGGGUGCUGGAUCUGGACGACGUGACUAUAGCGAAGGUGGUGGGGGGGAGAUGGCGCGUGUUGGUGGAGUUCUACGAUCCGAGUGAAGAGGCAAGCAAGAGCGCACUACCGCAUGUGCGCCAGGCGGCUACAUUGCUGAUUGACCGCUCUGACUGCCUGCUCGCCAGGGUGGAUGCUUCAAAAUACCCCCAUCUUGCAGCGAGACAUGGCGCCACAGUCCUUCCUCACUUCGUCUUGUUUGACCUCAAUGACUCCCUCGGCACAAGCUACACGGGUCCUGUGGACGCACAGUCCCUCGCCAACCUCCUGCUGCACGGUCAUGCGCACUCCGGUCCCCUGGCCUCCCUACGCAAGGCCACGCGCGCCUUUGUGGACUUUCGCUCUGAUACCACGCGCAGGGGGCAGGCACACGCAGAGGCGCAGCAGCUCGUGGAAAAACUGCCAGAGGAAGCCAAGGAGAGCGGAGAGUAUUACCUCAAGGUCAUGGCAGCAGUCAUUGAGAGGGGCGAAGAGUACAUUGCAAAGGAGGUAGCGCGGCUCAAGGGCCUGGUGUCAUCAGCCAGCCUGCCAGCAUCCAAGCACUCGCAGUUCCACCACCGCCUCUCCAUCCUCAAG